GAUUGAGGGGAGCAGGUAGGUUCGAGGAGCCCAUUGCCAGGAUUCGUAGGGAGGCAACGAUGAGAUCAGAGGUGGAAUGGAGGAUGCAGGAACUGCGACCCUCGCCUGUGGGACCAGAUGGCAGGCCGAUCCGUCUAGAGAUCGGAAAUGUGGCAGACUUCAUCCCUGCUUUCGAGUGGUUCAUGCAGGGGCAGGAUAUACCGAAAGAUGAGUGGGCGAGGACGCUACCGCUCUGGACCAGGAAGGCGAAAAGGCCGCUGGCUAGCCAAAUCAGAGACAUGGCCCGGGAUUGGGAGAGCUGUAGGGCACAUCUGAGAGAGGCCUUUCGACGGCCAGAGUCCCCCCACCCCAGAGUCGAGAGACGUCAGAGGAGUCAGAGGUCGAGAGACCCUGAGCCCAGGGAGGUGAGACCGUCUCGGGGAGGACGGAAGGCCCUAGCCAGGAGAGAGGAGGAGCCGGAGCGGGAGCCAGAGGUUGAAGAGCGAGGAGCAUACCCUGAAUUAGAGGAGGUGCCACGAGAGGAGGUGCCACAGGAAGAGAUACCGCGAGAGGAGGUGCCACAGGAGGAGGUGCCACGGGAAGAGGUCCAGGGUACUCAGCGAGAGAGAGGGCUGGGCGAUGAGGGGAGACGUGCAGGAAAGGAAGUGAUAGAGGUUGGAGAGGACACGCCCCCACAGGCGCCAGCAAUGGGUUUGAGACCCGAGGAUACACCAGGGAGCACCCGGCAGGCAGAGGAGAGAUUGCAGAGAAAGGAGGCCCCUUUACCUUCGUCGGAAAAGGCUCCUUCGCCAAAAGGGACGGCAGAAAGGAGGAGAGAGAGGGCAGUUGUAGGGAGAGAAGCCUUGACCUUGAUUGAUAGGCACCUAGCAGCUUAUGCCCUGGAGCAUCCAGACCUGGAGGAGCCAACACCUGCUGAGCUGCGCCGGGAGCCGUGCCAACCUGAGAAGGAGAUGGAAGCAGAAAUCCCGAAGAGGGUCGACCUCCGCACGAGGGAAAGGGCGCCAGCUGGAGAAACGGCUGAAGAAAAGAGGGCGAGAAGAACAAGAUGGAUAGAUGAGAUAUGGCAAGAGAGGCAGAGAUUGGAGGCGACGAGGGAGGUCCCGGAACAGCAACAGGAGAGGCAGAGAUCAAAGGCAGCAGGAGCACUCCUGGGUCAGCCACCCAGCGUACCCGCUAGGGCCUCAGAGAUCCCUGAGAUGUGGAGGGACUUCUGGGAGCAGAGAGGAGAGGAGCUUCCAUCGCCAGUCAGAGCCGGGUUUGGGGUGGCCAGGAAGGCGGAAGAAAGGUUAGAUCGUAAAAUCAAGUUCCUAGCCAAGACCACUUUUGACCGGCACUUGUUAUUGGAGGGCGAUCUGGCGGGGAAGAAAAUGAAGGAAGCCAGCCAUGGAGUACGUCUGGAGGCUAUGGAGAUGGAAAUUCAGGAACUUAGGGCUUUGGUGGCCAGCCAGGCAGCUAUCAUCGAGAGCCUGAGGCAGCAAACCCAGGGAAGGGUGGAUAGACCAGAGAGCAGCAGGCAGGGAGAGCAGAGGCAGCCGGGACAGGGAUUGCCAGGACAGGCAGCUGUAGCGGAGCCUCGCCAGGAGCCACCUAUGGGGAGAGCUAUCCUGGAGCCAGAGGAGGCGAGAGCCCAGAGACAGGCAGAGAGAGAGGCGUUCGAGUUUAAAGCCCCUACUGAGCUUGCGACGCUGCCAGUAGCGGCGGCAGGCCCAGUCGUACCUUUGGCAGUAGAGGAGGGGCCGCCACCAUCUAGCAGUGAGCCGGCUCAGGGCUCAGCAGAGGGAUCCAUGGGCGUGCUCCUUGAGACGGUGCAUGAUAUGCAGGAGGAGGUGAGUUUGUUUUCACCUGAGCAGAGGAUGGAGGAGCCUCUUGAGAGAGAGAUGGGGAUUAAGGCAGAGGGUGCUGUAGAGAGCAGACUUCAGAGGAUGGACACUCCUGAGUAUGGACCAGAGGAGAUUGAGGAGCAACCCACGACAGUGCCAAGAGGGACACUCGAGAGGAGACCUCAGAGGAUGGACGCUCCUGAGUACGUCCCAGCGACAGAGGAUUUGAGAGGCAGACUAGGACCUUGGGCUACUGGAUCUGGGUCUGGGGGACYWGUUCCUGGGACAGAGCAGCAGGAGGUCGUUAGUACCGCAGCUCCUCGAUCAGGGCAGCAGGAGGUGGUCAGUACCUUGGUAGGAUCUCCUUCAUCGCCACCUCCUCAGCCCAGRRAAAAGAAGUUCAAGAGGAAGGUAGAUCAAYUAUGUUUCUACUGCAAGAGGGACGCGCAUCAUGCUCUGGACUGUCUCGAGUUUCUUGAGGAUAAGGCAGCAGGGAAGGUCUCAGAGGUAGGAGGUAAAAUGUAUGAUAGACAGGGUAAGAUAGUUGAGAAGUCCGCAGAUGGACUAAGGGCUCAGUUAUAUAGGCAAAACCAGGAGGAGUUGAGGAGAUAGCGCCAGUUUGCCUAUGUAAGUGGGCGAGUAUCUUGUGA